CGUCACUUCCUGGAGACGGCCCGAAUCCGGAAGUGGCCGUGGCAAAGCGGGCCGAGGCCUGGGCCGGGGGCCGCGCCUGGUGGCUCUGACAGCGGGGCCGCCGUCAUGAGCUGAUAGACAUCACAUCUUGCAACAUCCCUGCAAGAAAAUCUCUUUCUUUGAGUUGAAGAUAGUUUUCAGCAGUACCUUCUACUUAUGGAUUCCAUUCAAGAUUGGGCAGCCCAAGAAACAGAUUGUUCCCAAGACAGUGGAGAGAGACUUUGAAAGAGAAUAUGGAAAACUUCAGCAGCUGGAAGAUCAGACCAAGAAGCUGCAGAAGGAUCUGAAGAAGAGUACCGAUGCGGAUCUGGCCAUGUCCAAAUCAGCUGUGAAGAUCUCUUCUGAUCUCCUCUCCAAUCCACUUUGUGAGCAAGACCAGGAAUUUUUAAACAUGGUGACUGCACUAGAUACAGCCAUGAAAAGGAUGGAUGCCUUUAACCAGGAAAAGGUGAACCAGAUCCAAAAGACAGUGAUUGAACCCUUAAAAAAGUUCGGUAGUGUCUUCCCCAGCCUCAACAUGGCCGUAAAGAGACGGGAACAGGCUCUGCAAGACUAUAAACGGCUGCAGUCCAAAGUGGAAAAGUAUGAGGAAAAGGAAAAGACGGGACCAGUCCUGGCCAAGCUCCACCAGGUACGAGAAGAGCUCCGGCCUGUGAAGGAUGACUUUGAAGCUAAGAACAGACAACUCCUGGAAGAAAUGCCUCGUUUCUACAGCAGCCGCCUUGACUACUUCCAGCCAAGUUUUGAGUCCCUGAUCCGGGCCCAGGUUGUAUACUACACUGAGAUGCACAAGAUCUUCAGGGACUUAACCCAACAGCUAGACCAGCCUGGUCACACAGAUGAGCAGAGGGAGCAGGAGAAUGAGACGAAACUGAGCGAGCUCCGAGCCCUUUCCAUUGUGGCUGAUGACUGAAUUCUACACAGAAUCAACCCUUCCCACUCCCCCUUCCCCCCGGGAGCAGAGCUCCUCCUGCUAUAUAUACCUUCAGACCCAGUAAAGCCAGCACUGUGGUAAAGGGCAAUAGCCACUGUAAAACUUUGCCAUGACCCACUGGAAAAACCACAAAGGCAUCAGCCUGCUACCUUUUACUGGCCCUUAGACUAAGUCUAACCUUCUUAUUGGAGAGCUACACCCCCCCACACACACAACCCUCAGGUUGCAGGUGGUCUCAUUUUAUUGCUGUACCAUUGUAUUUGCUUAGAGCCAGAUAUUCUAUGUACAUUAGUGUAAAAGGAACAGCAAUAAGGGCUUUUGUUUCCAAAAUAACUGGCCCAACAUCUAUUUACAUCCUCAGCCCAGAGCUUUAGGUAACUUGAAUCCAGCAGCAGCAGAUGUGUAAACAAUUCAGCUUAGGCUGGGCCAGAACAUUUAAAUCUUGAAGUCAGGGAGUUUUUUUGCCUAGAAUGCCGAUUUGCUUUGGCACUCUAGCCUUGCUUCUGCUGAUGAACCUUUCACUUCAAAAGGCAUUUUGUCUGAGUUAGAGAUAUGGUAAAUAACUUGAGGGGACAAACCCAAAGUUGUCCAGAAGUUUUUUUCUUCUUCCUAGUCUUUGUCCUGUACCUCAACCAAGGGAAGAGUUCUAAGUUUCCCACUUCUGGAGUCUGGGAUCUAGUUUAGUUUAAUGUAAUGUAAUGUAAAUUUCAUGCUGUUUUUCUAUUCACCUGUCAACUCAGGAGCCCCAUGGAAAGGGUGCAAAGUCUGGGCUCCCCUGACUUCCAAUACUGGGGAUUUUAUUUUUUCAAGGAAAUGUAAAAUAAAUCUGGAACAUAU